AUGCCCGUGCACGUGAUCAUCGAUACCGCAGACUUUUCGGUUUUAUUCGACAACUUCUGCCUCGUGGAGGCCAACACCUCCUUGGGUAUCGACCACGACCUCCCUCGUCCUCCGCUAGCGAUUCCUGAUCCACCUUGUGCCGCUCACCGCGCGCUCUUCUGCGUGGAGAUCGCGUGCGAAAUCCUCCACAACCUGUCGCCACCCCCUCUCCCUCUCUACGACUCCUCAGUGCGCGACCUUCCGGAGUCAACCCUCUGCGAGCGGCGACUUGGCCAGUCCACCCUCGCCUCGAUCGCCCGCGUUUGCCAUACUCUUUCCGACAUCGCUUUGGACGCCUUGUGGAAGCGGGUAGACCACGUAGAAGAUCUGCUCGAUCUCCUACCCAACCUCCAUAUCAGUAAUGCGCCCAAUCUGACAAAGAUGGUCAUCCAGCGAGAGCAGCCCCCUGGAAUCUCCGAGUGGCUUUACGACGCCUGGAGAAAUCUCUACCGGGACGGGAGGGAUGACGACGACGAUGGGUAUCUGCUUCCACGGCUGCAGGAACUCACCGCGUACGCACCCAUGGACCGAUAUUGCGAGGAGCUUCGUAACCUUAGCCCAUGCCUCCGCCGUCUAUCCAUCGUAUUCGACAUCAAGCUCUGGCUCGAAUCGAAUCGGAUAAUUAUCAUAAAAUUCUACGGACGUCAAGAUAUCGAAGAUCGGAGAAGACGAAGAGAUGAAGCACUACGAGACAUCUACUGGCGGAUGAAAAAGACGCUGUCUGGAAUCGAAGAUCUCGUUCUAAACCUCGACAACGAAGAAGAGCCUUCGGAGAACGUCCCCGACCGCGAACGCGUGCCAUGGUGGACGUUCUCCCAGUUGCGCACCCUCAUCGUGAAACACACUGUGAACUUGACCGAGCAGAUGACGCUCUCGCUCAUGUCUCUCCCUGCUCUCCGCAAGCUAUGCCUCACGUUCCAGACGUACAACCUCCUCCCCUCCCCCAUGGCCACCCCCCGCUCAGGAGGCUUCCCCUCGCUUCACACUCUCGGGAUCACCGCAUCUUUCGAAGACAUCCUCAUAUUCUUCGGCACCACCGGAACGAUCCAGAGUCUCGCUUAUUUUUUCUUCACCGAAAUCAUGGACACUGCCCGCUCAGGGCCAGAGGAUGACCCCACCGCCGCCCUCACGGCCAUCGCUUCCGCCCUGGGGCCUGCCCUCGACCAACUCAACUUUUUCCUCGCUCUCGAUUCCCGCCCCGUACCUCUUUCCGCCGGCCUCGUCCUCGACGCGCUCCAUGCGGUCGUGACCCAAUCGCUCCGGGCCGUUACUGGCUUCCAGCUCGCCGGGUGCUCGCUCACCGACGCCGACCUCCACCAGCUCGUCGCACCCGCCCCGCUUUUCCCCGCCCUGGUCGGCGCGACCUUCAUGUACACCCACGACGACGCCGUGCGCGACCGCUCCCGCCCCCCGCCCGGCUUUCACCACCCGACCGUGGCGACGGUGCACGCGGUGUCGUGCGCGCUGCCGCGGCUGCGCCACCUCCAGCUCCCCUCGCUCGAUCGCGGCCCGGCUUGCGCUUCGCCCACCCCCGUCGGCGACGGCGCAGGGCAAGUUGUCGCCUCCGAGGACGCGGCGCGGUCGCCGUCGAGCAUGGUCGCGCUCCGGCUGGCAGCCUUAGAGGCGGCGGCGGACGUUGAUGUCGCGCCGCUCGCGGCCGCGCUCGUGGCCGCGUUUCCGCGCUUGAGGGCGCACAAGCUGCCGUUGAGCGACUCCGACUUGGAGCCGAACGACCGGCUUCCGGACCUUGUAGCGUGCGUCACGGCGCUGCAGCAGGGGAAGUAG